GCCACCAGCAAUGAAACUCCGCGCCGCAGCUCUCCUGGUCAUCUUCUGCCUUGGUGUCUUCACCGUGAGCACAGUGAGAGGGAGUGCUGGAAGCCAGCCCAUGCGCAGAUUCACGUGCGUAACCCUAUCCACACAGAAGGUGGACAUCAGGUCGCUUGUCAACUACGAAAAGCAGCACGUCCCAGUAAAUGCUGUCAUGUUUAUCACUGCAAAAGGCUUCAAGAUCUGCGUAAGCCCUGAGCAGAGAUGGGUACAGGCUGCUAUAAAGAAAAUAGAUCAGAAACGUAGCAGAAAAGGCAAAUAA